UGUCAUUCGUGGUUGAGCUGUCAAAUCGUUUGCAUCGCGUUUCGUUGUUUGUUGUGAGGAAAAAUUUGAAGCAAAUCAAUUUUCUCCAUUUACCACCGUAAAAAAUGGAAACAAUCUUUGAAAUUCAGCGCCGGUUGCACGAGGAGUGCGACCGCUUGGUGAUGGCCAUGUCCGAGGAACUGCAAACGCCGAAAAAAACGACCAAGGAAAAGGUUCUGGCCGACCAUCGGAUCAAAAUCUAUCUGGAGCGGUACCAGAGUUGCAGCAAAUCGCUGCUGGAGUUGUACCAAGAUAAAGAUGGCGAGCGCAAGCAGGAAAUCACCAACAUGAGCGUGAACGAGUUCAAAGAGUUUUACAGCCAGUUCAAUUCGCUGGUGGAGUUCCAUCAGAAUCAUGGCAACAAUGUGGCCGUUCCGGCGUCGAUUGAAUUUUCCAAGUUGCGGGAACAGUUGAACGAUCCCGCCUACCUGGCGGAGGUGGUUAAAUUCAGUGAUGUGGAAAACUACGGCCAGUAUUUGGAUCUGCAUGAGUGCUUCGACAAUUACAUCAAUCUGAAGGGGGUGGAUAAAAUCGAUUAUAUCACGUACUUGUCGGAAUUUAACAAAUUCUCGGACGUCCCGCGGAAACAGAAGAACGUUAGGUUCAAGAAGUACCUGGAGUUGUUGCACGACUAUUUGUAUGGCUUUAUAACGAGAAGUCGGCCGCUGUUCUUCGAAUUGGAGCACACGGUGAAGAGGAACGAGCUGCAGUUCGAGGAUAUGUGGAAGAACGGCGAGGCUCCCGGAUGGGAGCGCGGAAAGGAUUGCGAGGAAGAUGCGUUGAUAAAUUUGAAUGAGUUUUCCAAAUGGGAGGAUUUGAACUACUUGGGGUUGGACCGAUUGAAAUCUGCUUUGCAGGCAAUGGGAAUGAAGUGUGGCGGAACACUGGAAGAACGCGCUCAGCGUUUGUUCGCCUGCAAGGAGGACAAGAACAAGGAGAACGAACAUAAGCGGCUGAUGUACAAUCAGAAGGACAAGGACAUCGCCUUGUUGGAGUUCAAAAUCACCAAACUAGCCGAAUUGGUGGACGACCAGAUCUACGAAACCAAGAUCAAUCUGCAGCGCAAACAGGCGCGAUACACCCUGGAUGAGAGCGAUGAGGAUAGUAUGGAUGAGGUCGAAUCCGACGACGACGAUGGAAUUCCAUACAAUCCAAAAAAUUUGCCGCUCGGGUACGACGGAAAACCCAUCCCCUACUGGCUGUACAAGUUGCACCAGCUGCAUUUUACGUACGAGUGCGAAAUUUGCGGCAACUACAAGUACAACGGACCGAAAGCGUUCCAGAACCACUUUUCCGAGUGGCGACAUGCGCACGGAAUGCGCUGUUUGGGUAUUCCAAACACGGCUCACUUUGCCAACAUUACCAAGAUCGAGGACGCGCUGAUGCUGUGGGACAAGGUCAAGGAGCAGACCUUCUCCAAGAUGUGGGUUCCCGCCAACGAGGAGGAAUUCGAGGACUCGCGGGGUAACAUUCUCAGCAAGAAGGUCUACCUGGAUCUGCAGAAACAGGGACUGCUGUAGGGAUAGAUCGGUUCGAACUUAGGAAAAGAUAAAAGCGAGUGCAUUUCUAAUAAUAACAGUGGUGUGGCGCCAACAUUACUAAGAUA